AUGGAAGAGUUUGCUCUGUGGUCGGGGCUGAGAAUGAAUAAGGCUAAGACAGAACUCUUCACUGCGGGUCUAAACGAUGCUGAAACUCUAGCCAUAUCUGGCCUUGGUUUCAGUAUGGGAUCGAUGCCAAUCAGGUAUCUGGGGCUCCCACUUAUGUAUAGGAGGCUGCGGUUUUCGGACUACAGACCCCUCAUAGAUAAGAUUGCUUCGAAUUUCAACUGCUGGUCUGCAAAAGCCUUGUCUUUCGCAGGGAGGAGACAGCUUUUAUCAUCAGUCAUAUACGGAUCCAUAAACUUCUGGACCUCGGCAUUUAUCCUCCCUAAAGGAUGCAUAAAGAAGAUUGAAAGCAUGUGUUCCCAUUUCCUCUGGGGUGGAACUGAAACGAAGAAAUGCAUUGCCAAAGUCGCAUGGAGCACUCUGAUCUGGAAGCUGUUUACGGAAGGAGGUUCACUUUGGGCAGAUUGGGUAAGAGAGUACAGGAUCAAAAGCGAGAAUUUUUGGUCUAUUGAUGCUGAGAAUGCCACUUCCUCAACUUGGAAAUCGCUACUAUCUCUACGGGGUCUGGCAUCUCAGUUUAUUCGUGCAAAAGUAGGAAAUGGCCGACAAGCAUGCACUAGUACUGGUUGGCUUCUGCGUGGCGCUCGAUCUCCUGCAGCAGAGGAACUCCAGACCUAUCUCACGACUGUCCCGCUCCCUGCAAUCAGUCAAGUAGAGGACCAUUAUGCUUGGGAGGUGGAAGGAACAGAACUCCAAUCCUUUUCUACAAGCAAGACUUGGAAUGUAGUUCGUAACAGGGCAGUGGAACAGGGUUGGACACAAAGUAUCUGGUUUAAGGGUCAUGUCCCCCGCCAUGCCUUCACGGCCUGGAUAGCUCAGCAAAACCGCCUCCCUACCAGGAUGAGAUUAGCCAACUGGGGUAUGAAUGUCUCUCCAUCUUGUUGUCUCUGUAACAGGGCAGAUGAAACCAGAACGCACCUACUUUUGAAUUGUGAAAUCAGCGAGGCAGUCUGGACUUUGGUCCUGAGAAGGCUUGGCUAUUCUCAUCGAGCUUUCCACACAUGGAUAGCUUUCGCAGAAUGGACAGCGUUGAAAGACUCGGUAACCAGCAGAACUCUCAAGCGACUGGUUUCACAAGCCACAAUUUUGAGCCUCUGGACUGAGAGAAAUAAGCGUCUCCACGACUCAGUGUUUCGGACUCCGGCAGCUAUAUUCAAGAUGAUUGACCGCUUCAUCAGAGACGCCCUCCUUGGGAAACGGCAGCUUAAGCACUUCCAACCUCUGAUGCAGCUUUGGUUGCGAUAUGAGUAG